AUGGCAUGCAGUGCUCAGCUGUUGACGGUUCCUGCAAGUGCCCGGAUGGCUGGAAGGACACCAACUGCUCCCACCGGGUGUGUCGUGAGGGAUGGUUUGGGCCAGGCUGCAAGAGUGUCUGCGAAUGUGACCCCCACAACACUGAUAUGCUUUAGGGGGAUCAAUUGCAGUGAACGCUGCCCCGUUAGCACUUUUGGUCAGGACUGUGCACAUCGCUGCAACUGCAAGAAUGGUGCCACAUGCUUACCAGAAAGUGGUCGUUGUAUCUGCAUGCCAGGGUGGGAUGGCAUGCAGUGUGACCACCCCUGCAGCCAGGAGAAAUACGGUAAGAACUGCUCUCAGAAGUGCCACUGCCAGAAUGGUGCUGCCUGCGACCCACAGAAAGGUACGUGCACGUGCCGUCCUGGCUACGUGGGGGAGUUGUGCGAGCAACCCUGUGACUCGGGCUGGUUUGGCCUCGGUUGUACACAGCUGUGCCAGUGCCACAGCAACAACAGCAUUAGCUGUGACCCAGAGACCGGCCGCUGCAUCUGCAAGCCUGACUGGAAGGGUGUGAGCUGUGAGACCCAGUGCGAGGAUGGCAGCUAUGGGGAGAACUGCUCGGAGACAUGUCUCUGCCAGAACAACAGCUCUUGCGACCCGCAGACUGGGGAGUGUGUGUGUGCAGCUGGCUGGGAUGGCCCCAACUGCACGCAGCGCUGUGAUCCCGGCUUCUACGGCCUGGGAUGCAGGCAGAAGUGCCCUGAGCCCAUAUUAGGUAUUAGUGCAUGUGACCCCAUUACUGGGCAGUACUUGUGCAACCCAGGCAUUAUAGGGCUCACCUGUGAACAUAUGUGCCCAGUCGGUACAUACGGCCUGAACUGCCAGAAUAAAUGUGCCUGUGAGAACGGCUUAGAAUGUCACCAUGUUACAGGCCAGUGCCAUUGCCCACCCGGCUGGUUGGGGAGCAACUGUUCAGAGAGGUGCCCAGAGGACACGUACGGCACAGACUGCAGUCAGCGCUGCACAUGCCAGAACGGCGGGAAGUGCCGCGGCAGUGAUGGAGUAUGCAACUGUGCUGCCGGUUGGAUGGGCAAGCACUGCACACAAGUCUGCCCUGAAGGCUAUUAUGGUGAUCAUUGCAUGGAACUGUGUGAAUGCAAGAAUGAGAACUUCACUUGUAACCCAGUCGACGGUUGUGUGUGCCGGCAUGCGUUCACAGGUCCCGACUGUGACAUCCCACUGAGCCAGCAGCAGGAGCAGGAGACGGUCAGCUACAGGGGCAUCGUGGCCGGCAUCGUCACAUUGCUCAUUCUGGUCGCUGUCAUAGUUGGGCUGCUCUUCUACUUCCAGCGGCAUGUCCACAACCUGAAGACUGAGAUUGCACAAGUGCAGUACAAUGCAGACCCACAGAGAGUGCCAGACAGACACAACAUCGACAAUCCGCUGUAUUCAUACCAGAUGAGUCCAUCCACAGUGAAAGAUGGAACUGGAUCUCUCCUGAACAAUGUGCACCAGAUUCACAAUGACUUUGGCUACAAGUACAACACAACCAAGAUCCAGCUGCAAAAACUGGGACGUGAGGGAUGUACCGUUGACAAUGAAGAUUUGGGCAGCUGCACAGGUGCCAACAGACUAUCAUAUGACUAUCCAGUGUUGACGAAGAACAAUGAUGCAGUUACAUGGAGUAUGAUCAUCUGGACCACAAGAGAGCAGCAAGCUCAUUGAAACCGAACUACCACAGGAUGACCAAAGCUCUUGGACCCCAAAAAGAUCGAAAUGCUCCUGACAGCAAGCCUUCCAAGUCAUCGGCCUGAGUGUGGGCGUAUCUCGAGGGCCGAAGUAGCGUGUAAGCAGUUUUAUAGUGACCCCAACAUAAACUGCUUCUAAAUGUCAUAAAUGUAAUUCUGUGAUUGCAAUUGCAACUUCUGUAAGAUAUCUGUUUCAUCUGAUACAAAAGAUUAGAAUGUACACCACUUACUACUAGCAGAGACAUUCUGCUAAUUUUCAGUGUUCGCUCAGUCGAGAUAAUUGUAACUGAAUUGGUAGAGAUGUGACUAAACACAGGGAUCAUACUGAGUUGCUACAGCAGUCAAACUUAAUAAAAUGAUAACGUAAAGCAUACAGGAGGUAAAUCACAUCCAAGUAAGUUCCUUAUCAGUGUGUGAAUGUGUAUUUCUUGAGUGAUGUUUUCAAAGCUUCAUUUUGCACUAGUAACUGGGAAAAAAGCCCCAAAAUAUAACAUAAUGAGGAAUCUCCUCAUUAUAACUAUCUCUAAUUUCAUAAUGAGUUUCUGCUGCUGAAUCAUGUCCCAUCUACGUAUUACAGUAUCUACGCAGUGCCAAAAUUUGAAUUCAUAAUAUUUUCAUGUGCUUUGGGAAGGUGCAAAAUGUCACAACUGGUGUCCCUAAAAUGUUGGUGUUAUAAUUGCAAAUUCAGAGACAUGGUUAUUCAGUUCAAAUGAUGGGGAAAAAACCUGCAAUUGAAUUCAAAGCUGAAAUAUAAAUGAGUGAGAGAACCUACAGUUGCUCAUUGGAUUACACUCUUUCCAGUUCCCCUCAUCAUAUGAGUGGUUAAUUUUCUGCAUUCACUUACAGUUUCAUUGAAGCAUGGAAAUUACCCCAAGACAGUUAAGGUCGCAGGGAGCAUGGGAUUAUUAUCUCUGACACAAACUGAAAUGAUUCCAAGCAAUCUACCCUGGGAACUCAUUAAUACUAAACAGGGUGUACUGCUUGGAGCAUCUGACAAAUUGUGCUGGGUCAGAAACACAAACAUUUUACUGAAAGAGUACAAGAUGUGGUGAACAUUUUGUCUACAAUCUAGUAUAUUGAACUGUUACGGGUGAAAUAGUGUACAACAAAAAGUAGAAGUUGGAUGUGUGUUUGCUAGUUCAGGGAGUGCAUUUACAGUAACCAGGAAGAAAUGUUUGUGGCUUUUGGUGAGUUUCCUUGCCUGUAUGAGAAGGACUGUUGCUAAAGAAAUAAUUUAUUUUGUUUUUCCAAAUGUGUUUUAAAGUAAAAAAUGAUAUGUAUUAAUACAUAUAUUGACUGCAUUAUAAGGGUCACAAAUGAUAAUGGUUGUUCAGACAUCCCAGACUACAUAUCGGGUACAGUUACACAAAAGAGUAGGUGCUGUGAAAAAUGGUAUUGGCUGCUAAACAUUUACAUGUAAUGCUGUGUAAUUCAGGAUGAAGAACCUACAUGAAAAAAUGUUUGU